AAGACUUUUCAAAAAAUAACCCGUCAAAUCUCAACAAAACGGCGGCACCGAAGCAUUAUUUCCAAGCUGGAUUUGAAAUUUGUGUAAUUUAGCGAAAUAUUUGAGUCCAUUUCGGCGAUAUUUGUGCAGGAUGGAAAACUUCGACGAUCUAACUAACGACCAAAUCCGGCUGAAGCUGCUGGAGUACGGCCUGCCGAACAUUCCGGUGACCUCAACGAGCCGCAAGGUUCUGAUUAAAAAGCUCAAAAAUCACGUCGAAAAUGCCAACAGUAAAGUCCGCCGGGAAACGAUUCAUGUGGCAAAGUACUCUUCCGACGAGGACGUCGAGGAGCAACCGGUAAAGAAACCCCAAGCCAAGAAGGAAGUAAAUCGACGGGCCACAAUCGGUGGACCGGCAGCAAAACUGUCCCAGACAUUGCCGGUGAUGCCACAGUUGCCACCCCCGUCCAAGCCAGCCGUUGAGAAGACUGUCGAUGCAGGUUCGAAGCGCCGUUCCGGUCGUUUGACCCCGGUGCUGAGCAAAGAUGAUGCCGGUUCGGUAGUAGCUGCCCCGAAGGAACCUAUGAUAAUCGAGAAUUCCGACGACGAGGACGACGUUCCGUUGACGCAGGUGCGAUCCCGCGAUCGGAAGUCGAAAUCCAAGAGUCCUUCUUUGUCCCGGGCCGAAAUGGUGACCACAUCGUACAUCAGCCAAAAGGUCGAGGCCGCAGCCAGACCGGCCAUCCCCGAAGAGAUGGAAAUUGAUCUGACGGAAUCGGUGGAUGAGAUUAUGGAUGAAGCGCCUCCAGCGGAACCGGAACCGGUCAUCCGUCCACCAGUGACCCCAUCCCGUGAGUCACGCUACAACACCACGACCAACGUCAGCAGCAUCACCAGCAAGCGGUCCACCAUCGGUGGAGCAGGUUCGUACGCUUCGGAAGCACUCUCCAGCUCGUUCGGACGGCCCUCGAUGGCGACCACAACUACGUCGUACACCUCGUACAGUUCUCCGGCGCCGAAGCAACGCGACGAGCUCAAACUGGACCCCACAGAUUCGCCCUACUUGAGCGAGUUCACCAAGCGACUGUCCCGGUUGAAGGCGGAGUCUACCCAGGGCGGCACAACCGGUCGGGAUUACCCGGUUCGGCGUACAAUUGGUUCCAGCGCGUACGCGGCGUCUCCGGUGGUCAGUGCUGGCGGAUCGGACUACGUUCAGUCGCGACUGGCCGCGGCUCGUGGACAAAAACCUUUGCCGACGGCGGCUGCUGCGGACGGGAAGGGAGAGAUCCGUGCCUCACUCCGGCAGGUCCUGCUGGCACUGGACCAGAAAUACUCCUUCAAGAAGCUCUUCUACACGCUGAUCGUCAUCCUGAUUGUGGUGUUCCUGUUUGUGUUUUUCUUCAUGUAAACGGAACACGGAGAUUCCCGGGGAACCACGCGCGGCUUGCCGAACCACAAGAGAUAUUUGAACCUGCAGACUUGGCGGAACCUGUUUUAAUGUAUUACACUGUUAUUUUUUUUUUUGUGUCCCUCAACGUGUAUCCUUUCUCGAAGUAAUUGAUAUAAUAAAGUAGAUUAAUUCUCCAUGUCAAUCGUAAAAA